UUAAUAUACCUGUGCUCAAAUUAUCACUAUUAUUCUCAAAGUUACAGGGAUCUGGCAGCAAUUUCAGUUCCCAGAUCAAAAUGAAUCCCAAAAAAGGGUUUAAGAAGACAAACAUCUCUUUUAACAGCUAUGAACUUUGGCUCACUGUUCUAUUUAUAAUCUCUCUAUGUAUUUGUACUGUUUUAUUAACAUUUCUAUGGCUGAUCAACCAGACCACUGAACAAGGAGCAAAAUGCCACGAAGCAAAGGGAAUAUUUACAAUAAAAUCAGGAGCAUUGUUCACCCCUGAUUUGCAAAAUAAAUCAUCGGUAAACUUCAAAGUUCUUGCCUUUGAUGUUCAGCAAAUGGUAGAUGAUAUGUUACAUGCAAGUGAACUUCAAAAUGAAUAUAAGGAAAGUAAAGUUAUGCAAUUUAGAAAUGGUAGUGUAAUUGUAGUCUUCAAACUUUUCUUUGUACGGUGGGUGUCUGAAGUAAAGAUAAAGACUGCGUUGGUCUAUGGCAUCAAAGAGAAUAAAACUGAACUCUUACAGACUUUUAACAUUGAUGUGAACAGCAUAGAAAUAACAGAUUUGGGAAUAUCUACUACAAGCAGUCCUUUGACAACAUCUGGUUUGGAAAUAUUUGGUACAAGCAGUGCUUCAACAACUUCUGGAUUGGGAGUAACUCAUACAACUAUUUCAACAACAACCGGUAAAUGUUUGCCUUCAGAUGGUGUUUGUGCUGAUGAUGAAAACUGCAUCAGAAAAGAAUUAUUUUGUGAUGGAAUACCAGACUGCCCAGAUAAUUCAGAUGAAAACCAAUGUGCUACACCCUGUGAUGGAAAAUUCAUUCUAGAUGGCUUGUCCGGAUCUUUCCAUUCUAUUCAUUAUCCAGAACCCUAUAACUCAAAUCUUGUUUGUCGAUGGAUAAUAAAUAUAGAGAAGCACCUAUCUAUCAAAAUUAACUUCACUGCUUUUGAGACAGAAGAGUUUAAGGAUGUUCUAAGUAUUUAUGAAGGUAUAGGUACAACAAAGAUAUUAAGAGCUUACAUCUCAGGUUCUAAUCCUGGUACAGUUUAUAUUUUUUCUGAUAAAGCCACUGUAGAAUUUAUCACAAAUUUACAUGGAAACCUUAAUGGUUUUAAUGCAACCUACACUGCAUUUAAUACAAGUGAACUAACUAACAAUGAAAAAAUCAACUGUACAUUUGAAGAUGGAUUUUGUUACUGGAUUCAACAUAUACAGGAUUACAAUGAAUGGGAGAGAGUUAGUGGCCCUAUCUUUCCUCCUGCAUCUGGUCCAGAUUUUGACCAUACUUUUGGCAAUUUAUCAGGCUACUAUAUUUUAACACAAACUAUCCGUUUAAGCGAAGUAUUGAGACCUCAAAUAUUUAGCUUACCCUUAGACCCUAUUUCAGAUGCAUACUGCCUAAGUUUCUGGUAUCACAUGUAUGGUAUUAAUGUGUACCGUCUAAAUAUUAAAAUUAUAUAUGAUGAUAACAGUCAAAAGAUCAUCUUCCACAAAGAAGGAAAUUAUGGAAAUAAUUGGAAUUAUGGACAAAUAACAUUAAAUGAAACAUCUAAAUUUAAAGUUGCUUUUGAAGCCUUUAAAAGACCAGGUUGGAGUGAUAUUGCCAUUGAUGAUAUAGGGCUUUUAAAUGGAGUCUGUGCUGAAAGCAUUUAUCCAGAACCCACUAGAGUUCCUACAAUAUCUUCGCUACCAACUGAUUGUGGAGGUCCAUAUGAUUUGUGGGAACCAAACACUACAUUUACUUCAAUGAACUACCCAAACAACUACCCCAAUAGAGCAUCUUGUGUAUGGUAUUUGCAUGCAGAAAAAGGAAAAAAUAUUCAACUUCAUUUUCAGUAUUUUAAUUUAGAAACUAUUCAUGAUGUUCUAGAAGUCAGAGAUGGUAUAGGAGCUGAAUCUUUAUUUUUAGCUUCAUGUGGAUUGAAUUAUUAUCAGUGUGGAAGUGGAGAAUGUAUACCUCAGGGUUACAUAUGUGAUCAAUUCCAGCACUGUAAAGAUGGUUCUGAUGAAGCAGAUUGUGUGCGCUUGAUCAAUGGUUCUGUCAGCUCCAAUGGGUUAGUCCAAUUCAAAAUUGAGACGCAAUGGUUUACAGCUUGUGCUAAUCAGUGGACAGAAGAAUUAUCAACCAGUAUCUGCAAUCUGUUAAAACUAGGAAGUGGGAACGAGUCAUCUCCUGUCUUGUUUACUGGGGCAGGUCCAUUUGUAGAAAUUAAAAAAACAACUAACAGCAACUUGACACUAACACCAAGGGUAAAGUGUUCGAAUAAUUCGGUGAUUCAUUUGCAAUGCACUGGUAAAUCUUGUGGAAAAAGGAUGAUUACCCAGAAAUCUCAACCAAGAAUUGUUGGUGGUUCUGAUGCUCAAAUAGGUGCUUGGCCUUGGAUAGUCUCACUGUAUUUUGAUUACAAUCCCACCUGUGGAGCUUCUCUUAUCAACAAUGAAUGGCUGCUCUCAGCUGCACAUUGUGUCUAUGGGAGGAAUUUAAAACCAUCUCGUUGGAAAGCAUUUCUUGGCCUGCACACAAUUUUCAAUCUAUCAUAUCCUCAAACUGUGAGCCGAGAGAUUGAUCAGAUUAUUAUCAAUCCUCACUAUAAUAAGCGAACAAAAGACAGUGACAUUGCUUUGAUGCAUCUCCAAUUUAGAGUGAAUUACACAGAUUAUAUUCAGCCCAUUUGCUUCCCAGAAAAAAAUAAACAAUUUUUGCCAGGCACUAAAUGCUCUGUUGCUGGCUGGGGAAGAACGACACUGGAAGAUUCAGUCUCAAGUAUAUUGCAAGAAGCAGAAGUCCCUCUUAUAACACAUCAGAAAUGCAAGGAACUGAUGCCAGAGUACAAUAUUACUGAAAACAUGAUAUGUGCUGGGUAUGAUGAAGGUGGAGUUGAUGCUUGUAAGGGAGAUUCUGGUGGGCCUCUGAUGUGUCAAGAGAAUAAAAAGUGGUUUCUGUUUGGUGUAACAUCCUUUGGCUACAAGUGUGCACUUCCAAAUCGCCCUGGAAUUUAUGUAAAUGUUUUCAAAUUUGUAGACUGGAUAAAACGUACCAUUAAUUAUUAAUUAUUUUUUAAAAAAGUAGAAAGAAUAUAAGAUUGAAAAAUAAUGUGAUUAUAGCAUCUAUACAAUAAAAUGUGGCAUAAUCAGGCAAAAAUUAAUAAUUCAAAUUAUGUCCAAGUUUGUGUUAGAAGUGAUGUGAACAAGUACUUGAAGUGUCACUGCCAUUUACCCAGAAAUUGCAAUAAUUUUAUUCCAGCUAUUCUCUUAAUGCUUGAAUAAGUAAAGAGAAGGGUAGCUCAGAUAACAUACUGAUUUGUUAAAAGUAUAACCCUCAGUAAAACUGUGCCUUUACACUUACUGAGAAGAGCAGUUGACACCACCAUGAAUUAAACUCUUAUACAGAGUCUACUGCAGAUAGGCUGUGAAUACAGUUAAAUAAUAAUAAUAAAUAUUUUUUCUUUUGUAAGAGAUUUUUAAAUGACUGCUUUUUUCAAACAGUAAUGAUAUUUGUCAUUACUAAGGCUCCAAUCAGAAAACCUCAGUGAUAUACCUCCCUAAUCAUUUCCUAUUAACUCAGUUUAUUAAGAAAGUAGACAAUGCAAAGUGUAUGUAUAGUUUAUGUAUAGUUUAUGCAAAAAUUCAGGAUACAGUACUGAUUAGCAUGAAACUCUCAUGUCUAGUCAAAUGAACUAGAAAAUACUAUGGAUCUAACCAUUCAAAUCAACCAUUCUAUUCUCAAUGUAAUUAAUUUUAUAUGUUUUUCCUGCAGUGCAUGAUAGACUAAUCAAAUAAUACUAAUACUGCAUUUACUAUAAGAUAGAAAUCUUUGAAAUCUUUGAAAAAUAACUCAUACCUAUAAACACCAGCUUUCUAUUGAAAUCAAUGGGAAAUGAUUUUAUAUUAUUUCUGUGCAAUCAUAUAUGCAUGUUUCAUUUGUUUUAAAUCAUACUGUCAGAACGUGUUUAAGACAUUCCUGUAUUUUAAAUGAAAUAACAAUCUAAAUUUAGAUAAGAAAUAUUACAAAUUCAGAAGAGACAAACUUAUAACUGUAAUGAGAAAAAUGUCAGCUUGUAAAUAAAUCAAUAGUCUCUAAUACAAUAGUAAUAAAAUUAUUAUUUGAUUAGGCCAAAACCAUUCUGCAUGCAGAUUAGGAUUUAGCAAUUCAUAAUUCUCAGAGUACGUUUGUUAAUACUAACAAAUAAUCAACUUUUCUCUUGAAAACUGCAGGAAACAAAGCAUCUAUCACAUAUCAGGUCUCAUGAUCCUGAAUUUAUAUAUUUAGAAAUACCAUUGUUUUCAACAGAAGCACUUUCUCAUACGUACAUAUACAAAUCAAAGAAUUUUCAAACGGAGAUUUGAGAAUGAAUCCAAUAUGUAUAUUUUAGUCUCAGUUCCAUUGCAGCUAAUGUACAAGUACUUGUAGUUGUACAAGUACAAAUACUUCUGCAGUUAAUACAUGUUUCCAUGUUGGCCAAGAGACAGAAAAAUCCCACAUUAUGUUCUUGUUUUUAGGAAAUGACCAGCACAAUAGCAUCAAACUCAACUCUAUGUCUCUAUGUCAUUUUCUUUGCAGCAAUGUGGAAACAAUAUUGCUAUUGGCUUUUAUUUUUUGAGGGAAGAAGGGAGGCAAGGGAAUACCUAUUUACAUCCAAGUCUAUCCUACAGCCAUGAUAUUUCCUGGAUAUCUUUGAUAUAACCCAAUCAUUACGAUAAGGAAUAUAUUUCAAUAGCCCUAGAUGCAUAAGGGAGACAUAUUAGAUCAAAUUGAGAAAAUCUCUGUAUGACGGAAACUUGAAAAUGGCAUCUUUAGCAAAUCUGAAUGUGUACAGUUUCUUAAUAUAGAAUUGUGUGCAGUUAUUUACCAACACACAAUGUAUGUAUGUAGGUACGCAUGCACGAACACACGCACACACAUCUCUCUUUGGAUAUAGUCUCUAGCAACCUUUUCAUACUUAUCACUGUUAUACAAACAGUAAGAAUCUAUUCUACAGAUCUGUGCAGCUCUGAAACAGUUUCACAAAUAUUUUUCUUGGUCUUCAAAGCUAGACUUUUGCAAAUAGGAAUAAAAUUUCCAAAAGAAUAAAAAUACUCUUAGCUGUCUGCAGGAAAUAUUUGAAAAUUGUUAUUUGUGUCAAAAGAAAUAUUACAAGAAAGAUUUUUUAGCUUUUGAUUACUUUCAUAUUCUUAUCUUGAAUCUAUUUUUUAAAAAACUACACAAUUCUUUAUAUAUUCAAGUAUGCAUAAAGUGAUGCUAUAUAGAAGUGGUGUCAACUUCUGUAACUUAGAGGCAGGAACGUGAAAGAGAGGGAG